AAAGCUCGCGGUCGCUCCGAGGCGCGCGCCGGCGGUCCUCGGCCGCUCCGGGUACCCGAGGGACGCGCGGCCGCCCCCGGCCGGCGCUGCGGCCCCCACCCCUUGGAGCCAGGGGCCGGGGUCUGAGGAUAGCAUUUCUCAAGACCUGACUCAUGGAGCACUUAUAACCUUGAGAUAUUUCAGUCGAAGGAAGAAAUAGCUCUUCUCCUAAGAUGGAAUCUGUGGUUUGGGAAUGUGGUUGAUCAACUUGAUAUGUUGGCCAAAUGUGCCCCAUGUAAUAAAAUGAAAAGAAGAGACAAGAUGAUGUCAUUUUCCCAUAUUGUGAAACCAAAAACAAACGCCUUUUGUGAGUCCAAGCUAACAAACCUCUGACGGUGCGAAGAGUAUUUAACUGUUUGAAGAACUUAACAGUAAGAUAUAGAAGAAGUACCUUCAAGCUGAGACCUGCAGGUGUAUAAAUAUCUAAAAUACAUAUUGAAUAGGCCUGAUUAUCCGAAUCUCGUUCAGAUCCAGGAAGGAUGGCUGUGAGUUGGAUCGUCUUCUCUUUCUGGCCCUUGACUAUGUUCGUGGGGCAUAUAGGUGGGCACAGUUUGUUUUCUUGUGAACCUAUUACCUUGAGGAUGUGCCAAGAUUUGCCUUAUAAUACUACCUUCAUGCCUAAUCUUCUGAAUCAUUAUGACCAACAGACAGCAGCUUUAGCAAUGGAGCCAUUCCACCCUAUGGUGAAUCUGGAUUGUUCUCGGGAUUUCCGGCCUUUUCUUUGUGCUCUCUAUGCUCCUGUUUGUAUGGAAUAUGGACGUGUCACACUUCCCUGUCGUAGACUGUGUCAGCGAGCUUACAGUGAGUGCUCGAAGCUCAUGGAGAUGUUUGGUGUUCCUUGGCCUGAAGAUAUGGAAUGCAGUAGGUUCCCAGAUUGUGACGAGCCAUAUCCUCGACUUGUAGAUCUGAAUUUAGCUGGAGAACCAACUGAAGGAACCCCAGUGGCAGUGCAGAGAGACUAUGGUUUUUGGUGUCCCCGAGAGUUAAAAAUUGAUCCUGAUCUGGGUUACUCUUUUCUGCACGUGCGUGAUUGUUCACCUCCUUGUCCAAAUAUGUACUUUAGGAGAGAAGAACUGUCAUUUGCUCGCUAUUUCAUAGGAUUGAUUUCAAUCAUUUGCCUCUCUGCCACGUUGUUUACUUUUUUAACUUUUUUGAUUGAUGUCACAAGAUUCCGUUACCCUGAAAGGCCAAUUAUAUUUUAUGCAGUCUGCUACAUGAUGGUAUCAUUAAUUUUCUUCAUUGGAUUUUUGCUAGAGGAUCGAGUAGCCUGCAAUGCAUCCAUCCCUGCCCAAUAUAAGGCUUCCACAGUGACACAAGGAUCUCAUAAUAAAGCCUGUACCAUGCUUUUUAUGGUACUCUAUUUUUUUACUAUGGCUGGCAGUGUAUGGUGGGUAAUUCUUACCAUCACAUGGUUUUUAGCAGCUGUGCCAAAGUGGGGUAGUGAAGCUAUUGAGAAGAAAGCAUUGCUGUUUCACGCCAGUGCAUGGGGCAUCCCCGGAACUCUAACUAUCAUCCUUUUAGCGAUGAAUAAAAUUGAAGGUGACAAUAUCAGUGGCGUGUGUUUUGUUGGCCUCUACGAUGUUGAUGCAUUGAGAUAUUUUGUUCUUGCUCCCCUCUGCCUGUAUGUGGUAGUGGGGGUUUCUCUACUCUUAGCUGGCAUUAUAUCCCUAAAUAGAGUUCGAAUUGAGAUUCCAUUAGAAAAGGAGAACCAAGAUAAAUUAGUGAAGUUUAUGAUCCGGAUUGGUGUUUUCAGCAUUCUUUAUCUCGUACCACUCUUGGUUGUAAUUGGAUGCUACUUUUAUGAGCAAGCUUACCGUGGCAUCUGGGAAACAACGUGGAUACAAGAACGCUGCAGAGAAUAUCACAUUCCAUGUCCCUAUCAGGUUACUCAAAUGAGUCGUCCAGACUUGAUUCUCUUUCUGAUGAAAUACCUGAUGGCUCUCAUAGUUGGCAUUCCCUCUGUAUUUUGGGUUGGAAGCAAAAAGACAUGCUUUGAAUGGGCCAGUUUUUUUCAUGGUCGUAGAAAAAAAGAGAUAGUGAAUGAGAGCCGACAAGUACUCCAGGAACCUGAUUUUGCUCAGUCUCUCCUGAGAGAUCCAAAUACUCCUAUCAUAAGAAAGUCGAGGGGAACUUCCACUCAAGGAACAUCCACCCAUGCUUCUUCAACUCAGCUGGCUAUGGUGGAUGAUCAAAGAAGCAAAGCAGGGAGCAUCCACAGCAAAGUGAGCAGCUACCACGGCAGCCUCCACAGAUCACGUGAUGGCAGGUACACGCCCUGCAGUUACAGAGGAAUGGAGGAGAGACUACCUCAUGGCAGCAUGUCACGACUGACAGAUCACUCCAGGCAUAGUAGUUCUCAUCGGCUCAAUGAACAGUCACGACAUAGCAGCAUCAGAGAUCUCAGUAAUAAUCCCAUGACUCACAUCACACAUGGCACCAGCAUGAAUCGGGUUAUUGAAGAAGAUGGUACCAGUGCUUAAUUUGUCUUGUCUAAGGUGGAAAACUUGUGCUGUUUAAAAAGCAGAUUUUAUUCUUUGCCUUUGCAUGACUGAUUGCUGUAACUCGCUGUUAACAUGCUUUCAGUCAAGUGCAGAUUGUGUCCACUGGAAAGGUAAAUGUUUGCUUUUUAUAUUGCAUCAAACUUGGAACAUCAGGCAUCCAAAACACUAAGAAUUAAAUCAUCAUAAUAAUAAUUAGUCUUUCUAGGUUAAGAAGAGAUAAUUAUUUGUCUGGUAAGCAUUUUUAUAAACCCACUCAUUUUAUAUUUAGAAAAAUCCUAAAUGUGUGGUGACUGCUUUGUAGUGAACUUUCAUAUACUAUGAACUAGUGGUGAGAUAACAUUCUGAUAGCUCAGUUAAUAAAACAAUUUCAGAAUUAAAGAAAUUUUCUAUGCAAGGUAUACUUCUCAGAUGAAUAGUAGGACUUUGUAGUUUUAUUUCCACUAAGUGAAAAAAGAACUGUGUUUUUAAACUGUAAGGAGAAUUUAAUAAAUCAGCAAGGGUAUUUUAGCUAAUAGAAUAAAAGUGCAACAGAAGAAUUUGGUUAGUCUGUGAAAGAUUCUCUCAAAAUCCUAUUGAAAUAAUCUUCAUCCAGAGAUAUUCAGGAUUUGGAUUAGUAGUAGAAUAAAGAGAUGGGCAUUCUUUCCCCUAUAAUUGUGCUGUUUUUAUAACUUUUGUAAAUAUUACUUUUACUGGCUGUGUUUUUAUAACUUACCCAUGUGCAUGAUGGAAAAUUUUAAUUUGUAGCCAUCUUUUCCCAUGUAAUAGUAUUGAUUCAUAGAAAACUUAAUGUUCAAAAUCUGCUUUGUGGAGGCAUGUAAUAAGACAAACAUCACACAUUAUAAGGCUCUUUGUGGUAACCACAGUUAUAAAAUGACAAAGUAUUUUCUCUGUAUUCGUUGUUGUAUUUUUCUACAGUGAGAUGUGAUCUUGCCAAAGCCACCAGACCUUGGCAUCCAGGCCCUCCUAUAGUGAUUUGAUUGUCUGCUCUUGCCUUGCCCUAUAGCUAGUAGGCUACAGCUUUUGCCCCACACUCUUAUUUUCAGAUUCUGGAUCAUUCUUGUUUACAACUGAAAUAUAUAUAACCUCAGUCCAAAGUGGUGGUUGAUUUGAGUAUUUGAAAAUCAUUGUAGCUAAAUGAAGCAUGAUUAGUAGUCUUACUAUGAAUAUCAUUUAAUCUUAAAAAAUCAAGUAAAAAAUGUUUAUCUGGUAAUGUUUAAAUAAUUUACAAUAUAAACUGUAAACCUUAUUAGGCGUGAAAUCUAUCCAAAGAGAAAGAAAAAUGCUGGAACAUGCUGGAUGUGUUAUGUAAAAAGCAUAUUUAAACAAGGGUCCUCAGCCCUGACUGCAGAUAAGAAUCACUUGGGUUACUUCAGAUACCUAACAACUUCCUCUCAUACAAAUAAGAAUUGGUAGGUUUCUUAAAAA